AUGAUAAACGCAGCGAUCACCGCACGCACCACCGUGCGCGGGUUCCAGGGGACUCCCGUCACUUCCGGCGACGAGGAUAGCGACCACGGCGUUCCCGCUACACCUUCACCCCAUCACCAGAGCGCCCGUCGAGGCCGCAAGAAGCGACCUACUAUUCUUGACGACGUCGUGAGCGCCAAUUGCAGCCCGGUCCUCAAAGCCGCCCCGUCCCCCGCCGGCGUGAGUGGCAUUGCCAAGCUACGUCUGCAGCUGGACCCUCUCAGUCUGGACACUGCCUCUUCCUCCAGGGCCAGUUCCAUGACCCGUGUCGAUAGUCGCCAGUCGGUUGCAUCGCAUUCGGGCCAGGUUCCCAACGACAGCCGCGCGAGCACCAUCACCAGCAAUGCGGCCAGCAGCCGGGGUCGGGCGGCCAGCAGCAACACUAGUGGUGAUGACACUAGUUCUGAGGCUACAACUCACUACGAGAUCAACCUGGAGAACGAUUUCGUGAGUGAGAGUGUCCGAGACCGUGGCUUGGGUGUGGGUGGGACUCUGCUAGCCGAUGCAGUCGAGGGCGGACUCGUUCGCCAGUCACGCAAGAUGACAGCCGACGAUUUUGAGCCCCUCCGAUGCCUGGGCAAGGGCACGUAUGGCACUGUGCUCCUGGUCAAGCAGCACCGAACGGGCAGGCUCUACGCGCAGAAGCAGUUUAAGAAGGCUUCGCUCGUGGUGCAAAAGAAGCUCGUCGAGCAGACCAAGACGGAACGUCAAAUUCUCGAGUCGGUGAAUAGGCAUCCCUUCGUGGUCAAGCUAUUCUACGCUUUCCAGGACCAGGAGAAGCUGUACCUCAUCCUGGAAUACGGCCAGGGCGGCGAGCUAUUCACUCACCUCAGCACGGAGAAGAUGUUUUCCGAGCCUACGGCUGCCUUCUACAUGGCCGAGAUGAUUCUCGCCUUGUCUCACCUGCACGAUACCCUCGGUGUGGUCUACCGUGAUCUCAAGCCUGAGAAUUGCCUGCUUGAUGCGGAGGGCCAUCUGCUGCUCACCGACUUUGGCCUCUCCAAGGUUGCCAUCGACUCUUCCGACUCGUGCAACUCGAUGCUUGGGACCGUCGAGUACAUGGCUCCCGAGGUCAUCCAGGGACAGAAGUACGGCAAGGCGGUCGACUGGUGGUCGCUCGGGGCCCUGGGCUACGACCUGAUGACGGGGAACCCGCCUUUCCGGGGCGGCAACCGCGCCAAGAUCCAGGAGAACAUCCUGAAGCAGAAGCUGGUGAUGCCGUACUUCCUCGGCCCCGACGCCAAGGACCUCCUGACGCGCCUGCUGAAGAAGGACCCCAAGAAGCGCCUCGGGGCCAACAUGCCGAGGGACCUGGAGAUCAUCAAGAAGCACCGCUUCUUCCGCAAGGUCGACUGGAAGAAGAUGGCGGCCCGGGAGGUCGAGCCGCCGAUCCAGCCCAUGAUCACCGACCCGGAGCUGGCCGAGAACUUCGCGCCCGAGUUCACCGAGCUGUCGCUCAGCCCCGUGGUGACCUCGGCGAGGGACGACCUGUGGAGCGGCGUUUCUGCCAUGGACAGCGGCGCUAAGGACGAGCUGUUUGGCGGGUUCAGCUUCGUCGCCUCCAACAGCCUUCUCGAGAGCGAUGGCUUCCGCUUUGCUACGGCGGUCUAG